CACGUGCGAAACAGAGACGCAGACAGAGGCAGAGCCUGGCUUCCUGCUGUGUCGACCGGUGCGGUCGUCCAUGUCGCGACAAGGAAGCAGGGCAUCAGCACGGCUGAGCAAAAAGGCGGAUGCAGUCACUGCCGCACAUCAAGGAGGCAGGCGAAAUUCGACCGGUGGUGCUUUGAUGGAAAUCGAUGAGAACGAGGCAGAACGGCAGGUCUGCGGAGAGUCUGCUGAGGUCUGUGAUGACGUGGGUGACACUGUAGUAGGAGUUGUAGACCCGUCUUCGGCAACGACAAGCACAGCUACUGGACCUAGUCGCACAUUCACCCUGCCCGUUGUGAGCGUUUCGCAGGACUACGAAUCGUGGGAUGUUGUUGACAUAGGGUUUGGGAGCGACGAUGAGGAAGACGAGGAUGACGACGGCACUGGGGAGCCACCAAUUCUUGGAGGUGUAAGUGCGUCGCCUCAAGCUGGAAAGCAAAGCGAGGCACUGCUAGAUGAAAAGCGCAACGACGGAGUUGUGGUACAAUCGCUCUCUCUGCCAGCCGCUUUUCUUGGCGGUGACAAGUCUCCCCGAGCAGGAAGCGCAGGCGGGCAGAGCAAUGAUGCAGGAGAUGGGGGACGACCACUGCAACAAGGAGCAAAAUGUAAACCACCAGGACCACGAGAAGACCAGUCCUCUAAAGAAGAAAACGAGGAUGAGGCUGAACGAGAAGAUGCUUUUAUUGUUUCGAAAGUUCGAACUACCUACAGAACCUUCGGGGUCGACGAUAUUCGUAUUACGCUGAUAGAAGGCACAGACGAGGUGGUCGUGUCUUUAUGCGGUGCGCGGCCCUUGUGGACAGACUUAGCAGAAAUCGCAGCGGCCAAAGAGUUGGCUGCUCGAGAAGAAGGAACGAGGAGAAUCAUGAAACCAGGUGAACAACAAACAGGGGAACUCGAUCACGAAGGGGACCAGCAGGCGGCGGCGAGGACUCCUUCGUCUCCGAAAGCCGCAAGCGGAAGUGCCUUGUCUCGGACUACAACAGGGACACAAAAUAAAUGUUCAAUUUGUAGUGGAACAAGAGGCACAGCCACAAGGGUGUCAUCUACAUCCAGCGAUCUAGCUAGCACUAGCACACUGUCGCCAGCAGACGAGAUCAUUGGUUGCGACCCCUCAUCGUAUGCAGAUUGGUUAGAAAUUUGUGAUGGUCAGCUCCGCUUGCGCGGAUACGCUGAGAGCCGGCAGCAGUGGGCCUGCCG